AUGACUUCCCGCAAAGGUCGCCGACAGAACAAUCACAACCCAGUCAACCUCACCGAUUAUGAAUCAGACGCCGCAUACUACUCCGACAUGCCUCAGCAACCUGCUCCCGCUCUGCGCUCAAAUGAGGAGCUCAACCUCUCAGUAAUUCGCCGUCACAAACCCUCGGUGGUCAACAUCCUCUCCCUCGCCCACUACGUCGUCGUAUACAUCAUCAACCCAUCCACAAACCAAUGGGAAAAGAAUGGUGUCGAAGGAAGUCUCUUCGUCUGCCAGGAAACACAAGGAGAACUUGGCGAACACCGUUACACAGCUUUCGUUCUGAACCGUCGCGGUCCAACCAACUUCGACCUCCCACUGACCAACGGAGAGAACGUCGAGAUCACAGACGAAUUCGUGAUCAUCAAGGCCGAUAAUCCCGCCGAAGGCGAGACUGGCGCACACGGUGCCGCCGAGCCCAGACACCCACCCAACGCCCCCACCAACCAAGAAAGCGCAGACAACUUGCGCAUCUAUGGCCUCUGGAUCUACUGCGAACCCCCACCAAACUCCAGCGCCGACAACCGCACCAUCAACGCAAAGAUGAUUGAAGAUUGCGCAGUGCACGCCGGCCACAGUAUGAAGCUUGCCCGCGAGCACCUCGAGGCCAUGCGCCAGAACAGUCUUCACGCUGCCGCGGCCGCGGCCGCUAACCAGGUCGCACCUUUGGAAGAAGUCCAGGCGAGCGUACCCAUGGGCCGCCAGAUCUCGUUGAAGGAUUUGUUUGGCCAGCAGCGGGCCCAGGACGACGGCUGGAGUGUGCGCGCCCACCAGCUUGCACCCCAGCAAUACGCGCCUCCGCAGCUACACCAGUCUUAUGGGGUUAUGAUGCCCCCGAAUGUCUAUUCGCAUCCGCAGCAACCACCGCCUCAGCCGCAGACUGAUCCUGAUGUGCUAGGAGCCUUGUUCCGGAAAGCUGGGCUAGCUCACCAAGGCCCACCACAAGGGCAUUAG